UCCGUCUCCACCUCCCCCUUUAUUCUCUCUCCCCUCCCCAGCUUCUCCUCCCUGUCUGCUUCUCUCCCCUGCCUGCUGCGCGCUUGCUCUCACCUCGCCCCCCACCUUCUCCACCUCCCCCAUUCCGCCACCGCACGAGCAGGGUCUGCUAGCCGAGGAGGAAAAAAAAAAACGAAGGACGCGAACCAGGCGGGACAGCAGCGCGACGUGCUUGCCAUUCACUCGAGGAGCUCAUGCAAGGUGUAGGUUUUACAGCACGAAGGGCAGCUGUGCAUGUCAAGACCCAGAUAUAGCCUCACUUGAUUACACUCCGCGGGUGGGUUGAACAUUUGAGAUACAGUUGAUCUUCUGCUUCAGACUAUGGGUUCAAGGUUUCCAUCACAUCAGCUGAGCAAUGGCCUGUAUGUUUCUGGUCGACCUGAGCAACCUAAGGAGAAGGCCCCAACCAUUUGUUCUAAUGUGAUGCCAUAUACUGGUGGUGACAUCAAGAAAUCUGGAGAGCUAGGGAAGAUGUUUGAUCUCCAUGUUGAAAAGUCAAGAAAAUCUGGCCCUCUAGGUAAUGCUCCUUCCAGGAAUACUUCAUUUGGAGGUGCUGGUUCCAACUCCGGACCUGUAUCCAAUUCUGGUGGUCGAUCCAACUACUCUGGUUCGCUUUCGUCUUCAGUUCCUGGUGCUGGCGGUUCAGCCAGAGCAAAAUCAAACUCUGGACCUCUUAAUAAGCAUGGAGAACCAACAAAGAGGUCAUCUGGUCCCCAGUCUGGGGGAGUAACACCAAUGGCUCGCCAGAAUUCAGGGCCUCUCCCUCCUGUGCUUCCCACAACUGGGCUCAUCACAUCUGGGCCUAUCUCUUCAGGACCAUUGAAUUCGUCUGGUGCUCCAAGAAAAGUAUCUGGGCCACUUGAUUCUGCUGCAUCCAUGAAAAUGCGGGCGACUUCCUUUGCUCACAAUCAAGCUGUUACUAAUCUCAACACUGAAGAUGGUUACUCUAUUCAGGGAAGCUUUCCGAAGCCAAUACUUUGGGCUGUGAUUCUGCUCUUCGUGAUGGGUUUCAUAGCAGGUGGCUUCAUUCUGGGUGCUGUUCACAAUGCAAUUUUGCUGAUAGUUGUUGUGGUGAUAUUUGGUUUUGUUGCUGCACUGUUAAUCUGGAAUGCUUGCUGGGGAAGGAGAGGCGCUAUUGGGUUUGUUAAUCGCUAUCCUGAUGCUGAUCUCAGAACUGCCAAAGAUGGACAGUAUGUUAAGGUGACAGGGGUUGUUACUUGUGGAAAUUUCCCCCUUGAGUCCUCGUUCCAAAGGGUACCAAGAUGUGUGUACACUUCUACUACCUUGUUUGAGUACAGGGGUUGGGAUUCCAAAGCUGCCAACACUGAGCAUCGCCGUUUUACCUGGGGUUUACGCUCAAUGGAGCGACAUGCGGUCGAUUUCUACAUUUCAGAUUUUCAAUCUGGGCUUCGAGCAUUGGUGAAAACAGGAUAUGGUGCACGUGUGACCCCUUAUGUUGAUGAAUCUGUUAUUAUUGACAUCAAUCCUGACAACAAGGAUAUGUCCCCAGAAUUUUUGAGAUGGCUGAGGGAAAGGAACCUUUCAAGCGACGAUCGGAUAAUGCGCCUUAAAGAAGGGUACAUUAAGGAAGGCAGUACUGUGAGUGUGAUGGGGGUUGUACAAAGAAAUGACAAUGUAUUGAUGAUAGUUCCUCCAUCGGAGCCCAUCUCGACUGGUUGCCAGUGGGCCAAGUGCGUCCUCCCAACGAACAUUGACGGGCUAGUUUUAAGAUGCGAAGAUACGUCAAAUAUUGAUGUCAUACCAGUUUAGCAAGAUGGAAGCUGGAAGAAUCAGCCAAAGAAAAAAAAAUGCUUGUGAAAUAUUUGGACUUUGGAUUUAUUUUGUCGAAUGCUAGAAUUGAGAUAAAUGUGCAAAUGUGGGUGUGAUUAUGGCAGGUUGAGGGUGGUUGGUUAAGCUAAGAUUUGGUUGUAUAGUUUUUUUAAUGUGUUUUAUGUUUUUUUUUUCUUUUUGCUAUGAGCUCCAAGUACUUCUGUAACAUGAUGGUUUGAUUACUGCCAUGGAGAUGCGGCUGCUUAUAAAGUCUAGAAUUGGGUUCGUGUGAUC